AUGGGUUCUGCGUCGACCGAUACUCCGCCGACCCUGUUCGACGCCAAUGUCGUCCCCCAAGCUCCUGAGGACCCUUUGUUCGGGUUGAUGGCAGCUUACCGAAAAGACAAUUUUGAGAAGAAGGUAGAUCUGGGUAUUGGCGCAUACAGAGACAACAAUGCGAAACCCUGGGUGUUGCCUGUAGUCAAGAAGGCCGAUGAGAUCCUACGAAAUGAUCCCAACCUCAACCACGAAUACCUCCCUAUCGCAGGUCUCCCGGAGUUCACUUCAGCGGCACAGAAACUCAUUCUUGGUGGAGAUAGCCCCGCGAUUCGAGAAGGACGGGCCUGCAGCCUCCAGACCAUCUCAGGAACCGGUGCCGUCCAUCUCGGUGGUCUCUUCCUUUCCAAAUUCCUACCGAAACCGACCCCUGCCAUCUACCUAUCCAACCCGACAUGGGCCAACCACAACCAAAUCUUCACCAACGUCCAACUCCCAAUCAAGUCCUACCCUUAUUUCUCUGCAAAGACAAAGAUGCUUGACUGUGACGGCCUGCUCUCGACCUUGAAAUCCGCACCUGAACGAAGCAUCAUUCUGCUGCACGCCUGCGCACACAACCCCACAGGUGUCGACCCGACGCCGGACCAAUGGAAACAGAUUGCCGAAGUCAUGCGCGAACGCAAACUAUUCCCCUUCUUCGACUGCGCAUACCAGGGUUUCGCCUCUGGGGAUCUGGCACAGGAUAACUUUUCGAUCCGUUAUUUCGUGGAGCAGGGCUUCGAGUUGGUCAUUGCUCAAUCCUUUGCCAAGAACUUUGGUCUGUAUGGUGAGAGAGCGGGUGCAUUCCAUUUCGUGGCAGCUCCUGGGGCCAACGCACAGGAUGUGGCCAAACGUGUCUCGUCCCAACUUGCCAUCCUGCAACGUUCAGAAAUCUCGAAUCCACCAGCCUAUGGUGCACGUAUUGCUUCCCUCAUCCUGAAUGACCCACAGCUUUUCAAAGAGUGGGAGGGCGAUCUCCGCACCAUGUCCGGACGUAUCAUCGAGAUGAGAAAGUCCCUGAAAGCCGAACUUGACAGGCUAGGCACCCCCGGGACCUGGGACCACAUCACGAGUCAGAUCGGCAUGUUCAGUUUCACGGGCAUCACCGAGAAACAGGUGUUGGCAAUCAGGGAGAAGUGGCACGUGUACAUGACCAAGAACGGGCGGAUUAGCAUGGCUGGGUUGAAUACAGGCAACGUGCACUACUUUGCCGAGGCUCUCGACGACGUGGUGAGGAACGUGCAAUGA